AUGUCUUUACAAUAUCCCAAUUACUUGGACUAUGAAGAUGACUAUGAAAGACACUAUCAGAAACUCACCAAAGGGCCCUUCUUAGACCAAAUCUCCAUGGAUGAAGCAGAGUCUUACUUAUAUCACAACAUCAUCACCACCAAUCUCAUCAAUUACACCUUCAAGUACAUCCAAAGCCAAAUCCAUAAGAACAUCACUCUUGAAACCUACAUAGUUUAGCAUCCCUCCCAAUUUGAAGAAAUUAGAACCAGAAUUCCACAAUAUGCCAUUGUUAUUACUUUUAAAGGAAUGAAAUACGGAGGGAUGCUUUGGGAUACUUUGAAUGAGCAGAUAUUCCUUAUCAAUGGAAAUUCCUAACUUGAAGAUGCUUUUACAGAUUAACAGAUAUACCAUAUUAAAUCCUAUUCCAAAGAUCUUCUUUCUGUUAUUGCUGCCGUAUUCAUUCGAAUCCUAAACGACAAGAAUAAAGAUUUAUCAAAGAUUGAUUCAAUCUUUCAAGAAUGUCUAGAUCAUGCUUUGAUAAAAUGGGUUUUACUAAAAUAGUAUAGAAUCAAAUAGAUGAAAUAAAAGGGCGAGUCAUAUUCAAGAAUUUUAGAUGACAAUUUCUUAAAGGAUAUUAAUUCAUCAUAAAGUCAUUCGAAUUUAAAGUCAAAAAAGUAAACUUAUUUAUUACCUUUGACCGAAAUGAAUAAUCAAUCUAAAUCCUUCUCUGAAUUGGCUUAAGCAGACAAUCAACUUGAAAAUAAAAGGAGACAACCUUCAUCCCAAUCAAGACACAGAUCCUUAAUCAAAAUUGAUAACCACCCUAAUUUAGGAUAAGAACAUGGAUAAAAAUAAGCAUAAGCAUAAAAAUAGGUUUACGGAUAACAAUAGGAAUACUAAAAAAAAUAAUUAGAAUUUAUGUAAAAAUAGGAAUACCAAUAUAAAUAAAAAUAAAUAUAAAUAUAACAAUAGGAAUAAGAAUAAAAAUAAUAAAACUAAAAUUAUAAAUAAAAUUAGACACUUUCACUUAAUAAAACUCCAAAGGCUUAUUAAAUAAAUAUACAAGAACCCUCAAAUGAUAAUAUAGAUUUUAUUAAAGAAUCCAUUUCAGUAAAAGACUUUCUUGAUGGUAUGAAUAAUUUAAAACAGCACAUUGUAAAAAAGGAUCCUAAGGAUUAGAAUAUUGCAACAACCUAUCCCUAUUACAGUCCUGAAUAAGUACUCAAAUUGAAGUUUGAUGAUUUAGAAGGUAUGUUAUAGGAUCAAGUAAAAGGGAAUAAAAACAGUAUGAAUUACACGAAGCCAAUCGAGAAACUACUGCACCUCUUAAAAUAUUAUUCAAAAUACAAUCCCUAUCAAUAUGAAAUAAUUGUUAAUCAAUAUUCUGAUUUCAUUCAAGAUAAACUAUUAGAGAACAUAGGAUUACCAAGGGCUGUAUAGAAUACUCACAAAACAUUUUAGUCUUCUCCAAUCCCAACCUCCAAAUCUAUAGGGAGAGAUAUGAAGAUGGAUCAGGAUCCAGUCAUUGAUCUGAAAUUCAAUCAAAAGAUCUAUUUGACGGAAUAUAAUCAGCUGAAAGACUCCUUAAUUCUAUCUUAGAACAUAAUGGACAUUUAUUUCAAGUAUUUGUAGGAAACAUUUUAGAGAGUUCUAAUACUGCCUUUAGAAUUUUAUUAGGUUUUGAGCUAGAAUGUGGUCAAGGCAAGGAGUUUUACGGAUCGAUAUUAAGGGAGAAACAACACUAUAUUUGAUUUAUUUGAUUAGAUUUUCAUUCCGAUCUAGUUAACUAAGAAUGAGUAUGUCGGCGUGUACAUAGAUUUCAAUUAUAAAAUAAUGUAUUACAUUAACACGUUGGAGAGAACUGAGAGGAAGUAUCCAUUGCGCGUAGAAAUAUUAGAUAUGCCCAUAAUGUAAUUUAUUGUAAAAUUUAUAAAAAAUGAAUACAAUGUUAAGGUCAUGAAAUCGUUUAAUAUUUUAAAUUGGAAAUUUGUGGAAUUUCAGAACGAAUAUGCUCAAGAUAUCACUCAUGGCGGUUUAGUGCUGGUUUACAUUAUUGAUUCGAUUUGCAAUCACGAAAAUGUAUUGGGAAACACGUAAAGAUUGAAAAUGUUCAUGAGUAAAAUUUUGGUUGUAAUUAAAAAAUUACGAAUCGAAAGAUGA